UUGAAAAAUUAAUUAAAGGAUCGUUAAUGAAGCAAAAGGUUAAUGCGAUUAAUAACGGCUGUAAUAUUGUACAUGGUUGUUAUAAUACAAAGUAAAUUUAAUAAAGUUAAAAUAGUUUAACAUAAUUGGAAAUCGGUAAAUGCAAGCCGUGCUGGAACAACACAAUAACAAUAAAUAUGUAUAAAUAACUAUAGCUAAUAAUAAAUAAUUAAAUGGAUAUAAUAAGCAUAUAUACCGAUUUAAAUAUAAUAAAUAGUAAAAGCAAUAUUUGAAUUGAUUUAAUAUAUGUAUUUCUCAUGCACACUUUCACGAUCUGUAUAUACAUACAUAUGUAUGUAAGUAUUAGUGUGUACAACUACAACUAAAAUUAAAGGAGAAAGUUAAUGUCGCGGCAUAGCUAGAAUGGCAACAAUAACAUGUUCUACUGAAAGAUCGCGAAAUGUGAUGAUUAUUGUUAAAUACUAAUAAAAGUAACCACUCUAAAAAAAAAACCUUAAAAUAACGCACAGUUAUUGUAUAUAAUAUAAUAUAAGCUAUGAGCAUAGCGGAUUAUUGUUAAAUACUAAUAAAAGUAACCACUCUAAAAAAAAAACCUUAAAAUAACGCACAGUUAUUGUAUAUAAUAUAAUAUAAGCUAUGAGCAUAGGUAUGCUAUGAAAGUACAUUAAAAAUUUACCUGUGAGUGCAUUAACAUGCAACUGUGUGCGAAAUAAUAGCAGCGGUAUAACCAGUAAUGAGUUUAUUAACAAAGUUAAUACUCAAUUCAGAUGUGACGAAAUAUUCCCUACUUCGCUUGCAACUUGAUAAAACCAAAGAUAUACUUAAAAACUUGCCGAGGAACUUUACGAAUCUAACCGUGUUAAAGUAAUGGGUAAUGUUGGCAGCACACACCAUCUUCACUUACAGGAUGUUAAUAACGAACUACACUCGUAUUAUAAGCAUGCUUCUAAGCGUCAGCAAUCUCAUAUACAGCGAUGUGAUAAUAUUAAUACUAACAGCAAUUCGAUGCAUUGGACACGUUCACUGCCACAUAUAAUAAAUAAUGCCAGGGCAGAUGCAGGGACACUGGAACGUGAUAGUGCGGAGGGAGUACCAACGUCUUUGCAUCCAAACUAUAAAGUGCUACCACAAGUGAAUGAACGUCUCAAACUACGCCCAACAUCAAACGGGGUUAUACUCUUUUCAGGUGGUACGAUCAGUGGGAAACGCGAACAAAUUGCUACAAAAACGGAAGCCAAGUCCCGAGCGCCCGUACCACUUGGUUUAAAACAGCGUUCGCGUACAUUUAUAUAUGAUGACUCAAAUCAAGUCAAACAGCCAACGCAACAAAAUUCAGCACAAAGUCAUGAGUAUCAGGACCAAAGCCAAUCAUUGCCAAUUUUCAGACGUUCACAAACGUUACUACACAUUAAGCCUGGUGCUGAGAGAGAGCAAGAGCAGGCUAGUAAAAGCCUCGGUAGGAAAAUGGUUUAUGCUUCAACCAAAGCUAAUGGAGCUGCAGAAGAAUUGAGAAAAGCAACAUUUCAAAGGCAAGAAAACGACAGUGAGCAAGUUAGUAGCAAGCAAAAUAAGUAUAAUAAGAAAAGGAAAGCGCCUCCUGCGCCAUAUUCAACGGCUAUAGCAGGUACAAAGUGCCCAACAACUGCAACAAAUUUGCCAAUUAUCCAGAAAAAAAACUCGGCUGCGACAAUGGCGAAUAGUUCUAAUACAAGAGUAAGUAAAGUAACGGCAAGUGCUGAAAGUCUUUUAGAAAAUAAAAACUUAUUGGGGGGUCAACAGACAAAGAUCAGGCUUUUUCGCUCAAAUGUGAAAACAUCCCCGCUUAAGAAAGCCGACAAGAAAGUACAAGAGCCACAACAGCAAAGCCAAAAUCAAUGCAUGGAUAUUGAAAAAGACUUUGUAUCGUUAGCAAUAGCACACACAGAUGUAACGAAAGAAGUUUGCAACCAUAAUUUGCAACGUAGAGAAAAGAGUUCGGAUGCUAUUUUAAUUAGACAAAAGCACACAUUUGAUGAGAAAAAUAAUCAAGCGCUACCAACAGCAAGCAUUAAAUUAAAAUCCACCACGCCAAGCCAACUGAAGACAAGAAGUAGUCAGAAGUUGCCUACCUCCAAGAUUCCACAAUUGAACCGUACAUUUUAUUUCGGCAUGUCUUCCGUAGCUGCAGCAGUCGAAGCAACUUCGCCUGUAGCCGAAACUACACGCCAAACAUCUGAGUUAAUACAUACACAAAUUAUACCAAAGCAAACAAAAAACGGCAAUGAAGAAGCGUGUACUACAGCUGCGUGCGACUUAGUUAGUGACUAUAAGUUACAUGAAUCAGGUGACGUCAAACCUAUUGUAGACAAUGGUUUAUUGAUCCAAGUACGCCCUACACUACCGCGUAGACAACUGAGCACGCCGAGCUUUAGCCCCGUGGCUGCAUGGCGUAUGUUAUUAGAUCAACAACAACACCAAAAUCUAGAACAAACUUGCUUUGAAGCACUUAGAAAGCAAAAAAACUCUGGCGAUAGAAAUAACAAUAACCAACAGUCUAAUUUGCUACCUUAUCUUACUGGCAAAGAAGCUGGUAUGCAAUGUGUAUGUGAAGCGCUAGAAACUGCUGCGCUACCGUCAGAAGCGCCAAUAAAAUUAAUUUCCAAUCUAGAUAAGAGGCCAGCUUCAGCGUAUCCAAAUACAUGGACGCCGCAACAAGAUUUAGGCGAUGACGAAGAUGAGGACUUCGAUGACGGCGUAGUUAAUGCAACUAAAAAGCAAUUCUCAGAAACCAUAUUUUCUAAACAACAAAACUCCCCCAAAUGUGCACAGUUGCAUGAAAAAAGUGAUGAGCAAGGUAAGCUGAGAGCACCGGAAGUUAGCCGUCAUGAAGCAGUUAUGGGUUCCACAAUGAGUACAUCGACUAUGCAUGUUUUUAGUCUAUCGCUGCCACGAGACGUACAUACACAGGCACAACGCAAGCUUUUACAGUCGAUCAACACAUCAGCUACGCUGCCCAAAGAGCCUACACGUAGUGCAGAUAGUACAGCAUGCUUCCCAUCAAUGCUCCCCAAGUGUUGCUGCUUACACACUGGCGUGAAAAUUCAGCAAUGUCUGCCACUAGCUGUUGAUGAUAUGCUACCAAAUGAAAACCAUUGUCCUUUACAUUACGGCCUUGGAAUUGUUAUUAGUGGUUCCGAGCCUUUGAGUAACCUUAGUGACAACUGGGUGCUGCAUAAAGUGAAAAGCAGCGGCAGAGAUGCUUUAAAUAUUUGUCGAUUUUCAGCUGGUGAACGGUAUAGCAAAUUGAAUACCAAAGCCUCUGUGGAGCCCAUAUCCCUAUCAUAUUUAACGACAAGGAAACAUGUAAUGUACCUACCUAGCAAAGAGCCAAAUACAACCAACGCACGUAAUGGGGACACAUGUAGAACGUCCAUGCAGAAAUGUGAACCGCAACAGUGCAAACAACGCCAGAAAAUAGUGCAUCAAAGCUUACAGGAUGAGUUAACGCCUCCAAAAUCAAAUGUACCUGUAAAAGAUGCUUCGGGUCUUGAAAAGUUGCAACAAUUUACAUUCCAAAGUACCAUGCGCCGACUUGAGAAAAGACGUUUGGCUGAACGGCUUGCAAAAGAUGUUAAACUGAAAGAAGCGCAGCGGAAAACUGAAUUGGAAGCCAUGAAGCGUGUCGAAGAUGAUUUCCAGCGCAAACGCGCAAUUGAAAAGGCCAAUAUUCGCUAUCAGUUACAGUUACAUUUUAAUGCUGAGCAUGUUAAGAAGGACGCAACUGUAACUGAUAACGUGAAUUUAUUUCCUGAAGCUCCACAUUUUUCACAAUACGAUCGAAACAUCCACAUUGGUUGUCGUGCUGAUCCGGAGGGUGCUGUGUCCACGCCGUCUUCACGGUGUACUGUUACUCGUACCAGUGAGAGCGCGCAGAACUAUUCAGAUUGUGGCGAUGAAAGCGAUACGGAUGCAGCUGAAUUAGUCAACUUUCAACAUACGGAAACCUUGCUGGAACCAUAUCUCCAAUCGAUAAUCAAUUAAUUUAAACACUGUAUAUACAUGUUAAGUUUAAAGUAAUUCUAAUGUGAAAAUGAAAUGGAAACUGACAAUAAUGAAAGUUCUUUUUGAACUGGGAGUGCUUUUGAAUGUA